AUGUUGCCUCAAAACAAGGACCAGGUGCUGCUACAGAACACAGUGCCCCCAGGGUGUCCCCCUCAGGUCCUCUCACAGUUUGCUGACUCCCCUCCAUCCAACUUAGCGUCUCUCUCCCCCCAUCAGUCCCUCCCUCCUUCCCACUUACCUUUGCCCUCUCACAGGCCAGCCUAUUUUUCCUUCUCUUCUCCGCCACAGCCCCACUCUCCCAGGCCUCACUUCUACUCUUCUGACUCAAAUUCUGACUUUGUUUCCCUCCCAUUCUCUUCCUCCCUCCCGAGUUCCCCCACUUUCUUUCACCAGAACUACCCUUGUCUUCCUUCACGACACUCAUCCCCUCCCCUCAACUACCAGCUGUGCGCCUCCCCUCCUCUUUCCCAUUACUCUUCUCUUUCCCAGGUACAAAAUUCCUCUCCUCACUCUUGCCAGUCUCCUCCCCACCUCCAGGGCAUCCAUAGUUCCACGGCCACGUCCCCCAGCCCCAGCCCCCCUUCUGGAGGGAUUUCCAGUAACAAACAAACAUGGCAGUGUACUCAAUCCAAAAACACCAGGUCCCUUGGGGUGGCAGGGGGAUGCGAGGCAAGCAAGGUGGACCCUGCAGAAUUCAAGGACCCAAUGGCCCUCAUCCGAGCCCUAGUCGUCCGUGUGGGGCGCUGCAGAAUUUCAAGAGAUCUCCAGCUACUGUUUCUGCAGCGCCUGUGGCUCGGCACACCCACACCCAGCCAGGCACCAGUCGUGGAGUAUCCCAUUUGUCUACAGUGCCUCCAGCCCCGCACCCCAUCUUGCCCCACCCCCAAGUACAAGACGGGGGCAAGGCUGUUUGCCUUCCCUCAACUACUGCCCUGUGCUCAGGGCCAGGAGUCUGGGCGUCUCCGCAUAGGUAUUGGCUUCGGCCUCCAUUUGUCUCGGGGCCAGGCCAAAGCCUUGCAUCUGCUACCACCAAAAAAACGGCAGGAAGCAAGUCCUCAAGGAGAGGUCGUCCUGAGGCAAUCGCCUACAACCCAGACCCCAGAAGCUCAAGUUAUGGACACACUCUCCCAGGCCGGGACCCUCAAGUUUGCAGGCCUCCAAUCACUAAAAUCCAGCCAAUGUUCCGUGCCUCCAGCUCAGGCACCAAAAUGGGCCACUGCCUCCCCAAGGCCCAGAUUGUCUACAGCCCCAAAGAGGUCGGUGUCUCCAGAAUCUGUUCUCCAAAAGUCACCAUCUUAA